AUAAUCUGGAAGGAUUCGAACGUUGUGGUUGUUACAUUGGCUGUUCGAGUGUUGUCUGGUAUCGCGCGAGGAUUCGCGUCGAAAUUCACCAAAUAUGUUCCAAUGUUUAUGACAAUUGUUUUCGAGAAGUUCAAAGAUAAGAAAACAUCAGUGCGUGAAGCACUUAAUGAAUGCGUUGACACAGUUGCAUCAACAUCUCACGCGGAUUGUUUCGUGGCUUCGUUAACAGAAGUAUUCGAGAAGAAGAGUGUCAAUCCUGAUAUUAAGGCGAAUAUCGAUCGUUGGAUAUAUCGUACUCUUUUGCAUUAUACGCAAACGAAUCCACCGAAUGACUUCAUCACCAAUAUGGCACCUUUCAUAGCACAGCAUAUUUGUGAUGGUGAUGCGGACGUACGAGAUGCAGCGUGUAUGGCGUGUGCUGGUGUGAUGCGACUUAUCGGUGAGAAGACAACAUCAGCGUUGAUAAAGGGCUGGGUCGAUGAUAAGGUUAAACAGAAGAAGGUUAAUGAAUACCACGAAAAGGCUGUGGCUGAAGCUGAAGAGUUGGCGAAAUCUGCAGGAGCUCAGGGCGACGAUCAACACGAUGAUCAGAACAAUUUGAGUGGUGAUAAGGUCGUUUCCAGGAAAAAGAAAACGGCUUUUCAAGCGCACCAACAACAUUAG